AUGUUUCCUACUUUCCCACUUGUUAAAACCUUGUUGGGGUCUGUUGCUACCCCAGCGUUUGCGUGGAAGAAUCUCCAUACAUCCACUGCUCGUCGUGAUAUUGAUCAGGCCGCUAAGUAUAUCGGUGCUGGUGCUGCUACCAUCGGCGUUGCUGGAUCCGGUGCCGGCAUCGGUUCUGUCUUCGGUAACCUUGUUAUGGGCUACGCUCGAAAUCCUGGUCUUAAGCAGCAGCUCUUCUCCUAUGCCAUUCUCGGAUUCGCCUUGAGUGAGGCUAUGGGUCUCUUUUGUCUAAUGAUGGCGUUUCUGAUAUUGUAUGCUUUCUGA